CUAAAACCGGAGCGUUGUGCAUCUCCCCACUCAUCUCUGUCCCUUCUGAUCUCUGUACACAAUCUAUACAACGUAUUAAUGUGACUGUUCACUUUUAGGGAAACUUCGUGAAUAUGAACAUAAACAUUUAAUGUAUAUGUAUAAUAAUUAAUUAAACAUAAUCAGACGAGGUGGCCAAUUGCAAAAGAAGGGAAAGAGAUAUCAAACACAGAACUAUGGCAGCUCCGAUCAGCACAGCAAUGGACAGUUUAAGUGCUGCUCUGAAAUCCAACAUCAUUCCGAAUCAGGAGUAUCUUCUCCAAGGAUCUGUCUUAGACAGUGCAGUAGAAGUCCUUCUGCACCGUCUUCGUGGUCUUUGCGAUAAUGUAGACAGUGGUCCUGAAACAUUUCAUGACCAUGAAAUGUGUUUCAGUAUCAGAAGAGGGCCUCCACCAGAACAACCACUUCUUUUAAGAGUAAGACGUGCUCUAGACUAUCAGGAUAUGCCCUGGCAACUAAGAUAUAUUGGACAACCUGAACUUGGCGACAAGUCACGACCUACAAUUGUUAGAAGCAGUAUAGACAUUGCAACAAGCAAUUCUGUAGUAGAAUUUCUAACAGAACUAGGUUGUCGAUUGGACUUUGAAUAUAUUGUGCGAGGUUAUAUGUUUCGUAAAGGUAGAAUGAAAGUUACCGUCUCCAAGAUAUUUAAAAUGGGCCAAGGAAAACUACCAGAGAGUGUUGAACCUAUUUCUCAGAGUUAUUUAGUAGAACUAAGUGUUCUUGCACCUAGUGGGCAAGAUGCAAUUGCUGAAGACAUGAGAAUAUUUGCAGAACAGCUAAGACCGUUAGUGCAACUUGAAAAAAUUGAUUAUAAAAGACUGGUACAUUAAAUGCUACUUCCAUCUUCAUCAGCAACUGUGCAUCCUAUUCUACCUUGUAUGGAAUAUAUAUAAUAAAUUUAAAUACAGAAAUAA